AUGGAAGGAAAGGAGUAAAAGUAAACUUAGAAUAAGACUAAUUAGCAGAUUGAAGAAGAUGAGUUUCAAGAUAUCGACAUUGGAGAAUAAUAGCCUGAUAGUGCUAGGGAUGACAGCUUAAACAUUAAUUCAAGCAGAAAUUUGAACUCUCAAGAGCAUAAAUAAGAUUAAUCAUUUCAAAACGAAAUCCAAAAUCAAAAUAAUCUUAACUAGUAAAACCCAACAAACAAUAUGACAUAUCAUCCAUUGACAAUGACUGGAUACCAAGCCCCAAACUUUAUUAUGAUGCAAACCAUUGACUAGAUUUAAAAUAACAAAGAGAUGUCGAAUACUAAUGCUUAGACUAAUUUUGGAUCAUUUGCUGGAAUGCCUCUGAUUCCACUACUUUUACCUGGGCAAGGUGGGCUUUAAGAUAGGUUGGCUACAAACUAGUUGUAAACUGAAAAUACCUUGGCACAGUAAACUACAACUAUUUAGCCAAGUAGUGUGGAUGUUGAAAGCAAAAAAAGAGAGAUUAGAGAGUAUAGAAAGGUAUUAAAAUAGCAGAACUCAAGUAUAAGCAGCGAUGAAUAUGAGAGUGAUGAUGAUGGUAACACAGUCAAGAAUCAUGGCAGGCAGCAUACUCUCAAGAAGUCAAAUUCAAGUUUUGGCUAUAAACUAAGUGAGAAGAGAAGCGAUGUUUCAAAGAAGAGUGCAAAUCUUAAAGGUACUGAUGGUAAACAAGAUCAAACUACUAAUGACUAUGAUGAGAGCACAGAUGAUGAAUUUGAAAAUAAUGAGAGAAAGCACAUGGUGAGAAGUAAAUUCACAGUCUUUCCUGAGAGCAGUGUUAAAACAGCCUGGGAUUGUGUCGGUUUUGUUUUCAUUGUAAUAUAGUCAAUCAUGAUACCUUUUAAUAUCUCAUUUGGAAUCAAAGCAGAGGGUGCACUUUUGAUCUUUGAUACUGUUAUUGAUGUCUUCUUCCUAAUUGAUAUAAAUGAUUCAAAUGAUGCUAAUUCUAAAACACCAUAGCUUUUGAGACUUCUAAAGUUUAUGAGAUUCAUCAGAAUACUUAGAUUACUUAGAGUCUUAAGACUCUAGAGAAUAUUUAUUAGAUUAGAAGAAAAUGUUGCUUCAGAGACAAUGAAUAUAGUGAUAAAGUUCAUCAAGCUAAUUAUUGUGAUUACCUUUAUUGCUCAUUGGAUCGCUUGCUUCUUUUACGUUGUAGGUGAAAGUGAAUUACCUGAUGAUGAGGAUUGCUGGCUUGUAACAUCUGGAAUUUAGCAUAGUCCCAUAAGUACAAAAUAUAUUUUCAGUCUUUAUUGGGCUUUCACCACUAUGACUACUGUUGGGUAUGGAGAUAUUCACCCAAAUACGCCUAAAGAAAGAGCCUUGACUUUAAUUACUAUGCUAGUAUCAUGUGUAGUUUAUGCUUAUACUAUUGGUUCUAUUGGUAGUUUAGUCACCAAACAUAAUAUGUAUGCUUAGUAAUAUAAAGAGAAGAUGACUUAUGUGAACUAAUUUCUGAUAAGAAAAGAAAUUCCUAAAGAGCUUAGAUUAAAAAUUCGUAGAUAUUUGGAAUACAUCUUAAACUCUAAGAAAACUGUUAAGCUAGAUUAGGAAGAAGUACUAGCUGUAUUGAACAAAAAUUUAGAAAUAAAAAUGAGAGCUCUCCUGAAUGGGAGAAUAUUGAAGAAUAUCAAGGUCUUCAAAAACUUUGACAUUGAUUUCUUAAGUGAUAUCACUAAGAAGUUUUAAAAGCAAACCUUUGCAAUGGAUGAUAAUAUUGUUUAGGUAUUAUUUAUUAUAAUUUAUUUUGAUAAUUAGGAGGAAGAUGCUGGCGGUACAAUGUAUUUCAUAGUCACAGGUUUAGUGACUAUCAUUCAUAGAAAGACUUAAACUUACAUCAGAGACUUGAAAUAAGAUUAAUACUUUGGUGAGAUCGGUUUCUUUUCAGAGAAAAAGAGGUAAACUACUGUGAAGUCUAGAGAUUUCACUGAAGUCUUAGAACUUACUUAUGAAAACUUCUUUACUGUAGCUUAAUAGUAUCCAGAUGCUGAGAAAAUGCUAAAUAUCAUUAAGAACUCAGUGAAUAUUGGAAACUAUAAAUACCUAAAGCUAACUUGCUAUGUUUGUGACUCUAGUGAUCAUAUUUCUAUUGACUAAAAAAAACAGUCUGAAAAUAAUAGCUAGAGACAAUCGUUGAGGAAAUCUAUAGGAGCAGGAGGAAGCAGAUCCUCUUUGAGUUUACUGAGAGAUUAGGAAAAAUUGAGGAAUACAUUCAAGCCCGAAAAAUAAAAGAUUUAAUCCUAAAAGUCUGGUCUGGCUUUAGGUCAACUUAACGGGAGUUUAAACUGA